GUUAACUACUCCUUUCACAAAUGGAAUGACAUUUUCAACUCAGAUUGUACCCAUCUGGUGAAAGCAAUUUCUCGUAACUCCUUGGUACAGAUAAUCUACCUGCCUUACAACCAUUUUGGCGAACCCGAAACCUCAGUUCAGCCUGCCCCUCAAGUACCUCCUGCGAAAGCUAAAGAUGGUUUGACUGGGCGAAGGUCACUGUCUGUGCGCUCACCUUCUAUGAAUCGAAACCUUGCUUACUUGGCUAGUAAACAAUGGAGUCCGGAAGAAGAUGAAUUUAUGUUGCGAGUCUCGCAUGAGUUGACCGCCGGCUCGAAACCAGAAGACAAUAUGGAGGCCGACUCCUCUGGGUCCACUGAGAAUGUAAAGACCAAUGAACCUAUACUCGAGUCGGCUCAGCGUCAGCUGAUACAUGUGGUCAUCGACCCCGACUUUGGACCCCAGCCAGACUGCUUUAUUCGGAUUCCGGCCUCAACACCACUUUACUUGUCCCGAGCGCAUGAAAAUUUGCGUCGGCGCUACGCCACAUCAGCCGGUCGAUCGCUGUGCCAGUACACACCUUGGGCUAUGAAUGCCUUGGCCCCUGAGCCAAUGCACACCAGGUCGUUAGCCUUCACACUGGAAACGGAUCGUGAGCUGAAAGCCUUUUCUCAGGUAAACUAG